ACCAUAUUGUUGUUGUUCUUAUUAUUAUUUUAUACUUUUAUGGCUUCCCCUCUGAGAGCGGGCUUCCACCGGCUGGAGGUCCAAAAAACCGCAUGGGAAAUUCCGGACCGAUAUACAACAUUAAAUCCCGUCGGCUCUGGUGCAUAUGGGACAGUAUGACGAUCCUGUAGAUGCCAGUAAAACAAUUAUUCCUACCACUUACUGUAUUCGUUGUGUCUGUGAGUCUAGCUCAGCUAUUGACCAGAAAACGAAGGAGAAGGUGGCCAUUAAAAAGCUGUACAGACCAUUCCAGUCUCUGAUCCAUGCAAAGCGGGCCUACAGAGAACUCCGCCUGUUACGCCACAUCCAACAUGACAAUGUGAUCUGCCUUCUGGAUGUUUUCACUCCUGACUACUCACUGGACAAAUUCCAGACUUUCUACUUGGUAAUGCCAUUUGUGGCUCAGGAUCUAGGGCACAUAAUGAAGAGAAGGAGGCUCUCUGAAAAAGUCAUCGUCUAUUUGUUCUACCAGUUACUGAGAGGGCUAAAGUACAUUCAUUCUGCUGGGAUCAUACACCGGGACCUGAAGCCCAGCAACCUUGCUGUUAAUGAAAACUGCGAGUUAAAGAUAUUGGACUUUGGCUUGGCGAGACACGCAGAGAUGGAGAUGACCGGCUAUGUUGUGACACGGUGGUACAGAGCCCCUGAAGUCAUCUUCAACUGGAUGCAUUAUACUCAGACAGUGGACAUAUGGUCUGCUGGUUGCAUCCUGGCUGAGAUGAUCACCGGCGAGGUGCUUUUCCCAGGAAAUGACAGUAUGGACCAGCUGAACAUGAUCCUCCAUUUAACGGGAACACCACACUUAUCACUGGUGCAGAAAAUGCAGAGCAAAGAUGCAAAGACUUAUGUGCAGUCUCUCCCCAUCCAGAAAAAGAAAGUAUUCAGAGACGUCUUCCCAUCCAUGGAUCCCAACGCUGUGAAUCUGCUCGAGAAGACUCUGAUGUUGGACCCAGAAGCCAGACUGACUGCUAACGACGGGCUUUCUCACCCCUACCUCUCCGAGUAUCGCGACCCAGAAAACGAACCUGAGUCUCCCCCUUAUGACGACUCAUUUGAGAGCCUGGAGCUGGCUGUUAGCGAGUGGAAGAGUCUUAUACACAUGGAGAUCAUGACCUUUGACCCUGACAAUCCUAGACAGACUGCAAUAUAAACUCAUCAGACCUGGGAAUAUGUUGCAAUAACAAGUUACUACUGAUUAAGCUAGCUGUUAUCCAGCACACCAGCAGUGAGGGAAAUAGAGUGUAUUUAAGCAGCUAUCAUGAAGGUGAUAGUUAUAUUUUUCUGCUUCCAUCUCGUACACUGUUAUAAUGUGAUACAUGAAUACCUCUUUUUAUGCUGUUGUUUUGCAAUGUUUGUAGUUACAUUAAAAAAUAAUAAUAAACCACUGCAUUUUCAUUGAAAGGAAAACAUUAUUAGAAUGAAAUUGUAAUAACAUUGUACACAGGACAAGAACCCAUUAGAUAUUUAUGUCUUUGUGACAUAAGAAGCUGUGAAUAUUCAGUCAUACAGGUCAUCAAAUACGUGAUGAAACUAUUCAUUUUAUUAGUCCAGGUGUCUUCAACACUUCGCUCGCUUCUGAGUAGCUCGCCUAAAGGUUCUUAGAAUAUGUACAAAUUAAUAAAAUCAGAUGAACUAAAAACUAAACCUGUUUUAAUUUUAUCCCAAUAAAAUUCACAGACGUCUCGCCCCUUUCCGGUGUACCGAAUCUGACUCCCCGGAUAAAUCAUGUCCUCUGCAUGAGCACAUUUAUCACACAGUUUAAUACAACUAUUCAUCAAUCGAUUUUACACACAGCUAGCACCAAGACUGUACAAGGAAGUGUAUAUAAGCUUAAAUCUGUAAGCACAAAUUGAAGUAGUUUGGAUAAAGGAUAAAGAAAACACAGGGCAGAUCAUUUCAACUUGAAAGCUGCUGAGGAUUCGAUAGUGUUCAGAAUAACGCUACUCAGCAGCCAGAGAAGAAAAACGUUGUAGACAUUUCUUCUUAGUGCAGCUGUGGGGUUUCGUACAAAAGUACUGUUC